AGAAGGAGGAGGAGAAGGAGAAGAAAAACGAAGCAAACUUGCCCUCGUUCUUUCCCCUCGCCAGGCUUUGGAGGCUCGCAUGGAACCGAGCAAAGAGAAUUUUUGCAAAGAAAAAAUCCUGCCGGUGAUGCGGCCCGACCUCUAAAGAAAAAAAAAACCAAGAAAAAAACCAACCCAACCAACCAAGGUAAAGCUGCUUAACGACGUUUCCGCGCUGGGCUGAGAACUCCCGUCCGGGCUGAAGCAGGAUCGCAGCCGAGGGGUGGAUCGGAGGAGAGGGAUUCCUCUUUGAUUGACACUUUCCCCCCCCCCUUCCCUCUGCCCGCGCCUUCUCUGGGGCGCUGCUUCGACAGCAAAAGGGCCCCGGCCAUGGCUUUGAGUUCCCGGGCGCACGCUUUCUCCGUGGACGUUUUAAUGGGCAACGCCAACCCUGCCAAGCGCAAACUGAAGGAUCUGGAAGAGGAUCUCUCCUCCGAGACCAGGACGGAAAAAGCGGCUUUCCGGAGAAGCCAAGCGCCCGAAAAGAAAACCAAAGGCGAAAUAACGCUGUCUCUUUGCGAGGAAGCCAGAGGAGAAACUGGGGAGAUCCAAGUGGACUUACAAGGCUCAGAGCUGUGGAAAAGAUUUCAUGAAAUUGGCACCGAAAUGAUCAUCACCAAAGCUGGCAGGAGAAUGUUUCCUUCGGUCAGAGUUAAAGUAAAAGGUCUGGAUCCAGUGAAACAAUAUUAUAUUGCUAUAGACGUGGUCCCAGUGGACUCGAAAAGAUACAGGUAUGUCUAUCACAGCUCGCAGUGGAUGGUGGCUGGAAACACGGACCAUUCGUGCAUCACACCCCGGCUUUAUAUGCACCCGGAUUCCCCCUGUUCAGGAGAGACAUGGAUGAGGCAGAUCAUCAGCUUCGAUCGGGUGAAGCUAACCAACAAUGAGAUGGACGACAAAGGGCAUAUAAUUUUGCAAUCAAUGCACAAAUACAAGCCCAGAGUCCACAUUAUCAUCCAGGAUUCCCGGUUUGAUCUCUCCCAGACCCCAUCUUUGCCUGCAGCUGGUGUUCAGACGUUCUCUUUCAAAGAAACCGAAUUUACGACGGUCACCGCUUAUCAAAACCAGCAGAUAACAAAACUGAAGAUUGACCGGAAUCCCUUUGCUAAAGGAUUUCGAGAUCCUGGAAGAAACAGGUAAAAAAAAAGUGCAAUUAUUUGACCGACUGAGCUAUGGAUGGUUUAAAGACUUUUAAAUGGAUAAACAAUAGA